AUGACGACACCAGCAUUUCUUCCUGCACUGUCGCAGUCCGACGUCGAGAAAGCGGCACAAUUAAUUCAGCAGGGGUAUGGACCGUCGACAGCGAAAACCACCCCCGAGGAGCUCAAACGCCUCCAGCAAGACCUUUUCGAGAUCCAGAAACGGCCGGAAGCCUGGGGUCUAGUGAUUCCUUUGCUGAACCACCAUGAUCCGAAUGUCCAAUUUUUCGGCGCGCACACGGCCCAGGUGAAGAUUGCUCGAGAUUGGGAAGCAUUCCCAGCAGAGAAUGUGGAGAUGUUACGCGAUCUCAUGGUCCAACUUACAGCCCAUUCGAUUUCAGUUGGGCACGGCAAGUUCAUUCUUCGCAAGCUCUUCGUUGCUCUCUCGUCUCUGGCUCUCAAACUCGCUCCUGGACACCCUUCUCGUUGGCCAAACUGGAUUCUGUCCUGCGUGACUGCGUUUUCGAAUCGUGGGGCUUCCACGGACCAUCUUCACGACUUUCUAGCGAUUGUCGCGGAGGAAGUGAGUAAUGCGGACCUUCUUGGGCCGAGUAAAGCUCAACUUCAGCAAACAAUGAUAGACGCGACCCCGAUGGUUGUUCAAGCCAUCACGACCACCCUAACCCAACCGCUAGGUAUUAUUCCAACCAGCCACUACCUUUCUGCAAUGAAGUGCCUUCAAGCAUGGAUGUCAUAUCUGAAGGGAGACCACUUGACGACACUCAUCCCACUUCUCAUUUCUCUCCUCGAUCCGUCACACCCAGAUGAAGCCAUUUUUAUCGCUUCCUCCGACGCGUUGCAAGAGAUAACCACAAAAUCUGCAUUUGGUGACGGCUCCGGUACCAAAACCUUGACUGAACCCCUCAUGGUCUGGCUGGAUGUCGUUGGAAACAGGAUCAUGGGGAGAGUGCUCAAUAAUGACGACAUGUCAUCUAUUUCCCAUUCACUGUGCAAGUUGGUUGUGGCACUCGGCGACCAUUCGACCUCCUACAUUGCGACAAACAUAUCCUCUUCCUAUCCAGUACCGACCGGUCCGUCCACGCCUCCAACCACAAAGGGCCAUCUAACUCAGAACUUCUUGCGCUUGCUCCUGGCAUAUACCGGCCUGCCAGGGUAUUAUGGUGUAGACGAGGAAGAAAGCGAGAUGACUUUAGGCUUCUGGUACCUCUUCCAGGAAGCUUUGUGGAGUACGGACUACUACAUCGAAGAGGGUGCCGAAGAUCGCUCAUCUGUACCCCCAGACACGGGUGAAGGUGGAGAGUCGAAGCAGGUGUUGAUGGCGAAGGCAGUCUAUACCGAGUUGGUGAAGGUAUUGAGGAGGAAGGUUGCGUUUCCGCCGCCUGGCAGUGGGUGGUCUCGAGAUCAAGUUGAGAAGUUCCAAGUAUAUCGACGAGAUGUUGGAGACACACUCAUCAACGCUUACUACGUGCUCCGAGAUGAUAUGCUGGCAUACUAUGUCAAUGACGUCAUUGAGAGAUUGGCCAGCAGACAGGACGGCGAAGGAUGGCAGGAGAUCGAGGCGACGCUGCACUGCAUUACCUCCAUCCAAGAAGCAAUCGACAUGGAAAAUGUACCUCAUAUCAACCGCCUUUUCAGCCCGGAAGUUCUCGGAAGACUACCCUCAACUGGAAGGUCAAGGAUUAGAAGAACAGCGUUGGGUGUUAUUGGUGCCUAUUCCUCAUGGUUUGCUACCCAGUCUCAUCCGCCACCAUCGUCACCUCCUACGAACGAACCUAACCUACUCCUGACGGUCCUUUCCUACGUGGUCUCUGCUCUACCGGAUCCUUCUCUCUGCUUGUCUGCGGCAACUGCUCUGCGAAAUUUAUGCGAAGCAAACAGGAAGGACUUGGCUGUACACAUCGGAGCAUUUGGAGAGCUGCAUGCAGGUUUAAACAGAAUUCCAGACUCGGAAAAGGGCAAGGUGCUGCAAUCGAUUGCCAGCGUGAUUCAAGCUAUGCCACCUUCAGACGAGAUUCCGGCAAUCGAAGCCAUUGUCAAUCCUAUCGUUCAAAAGCUGUACGAUGCCCUUCAAUCCGCUUCAACGCUUCCGGAUGAGGCCCGCACAUCAACCAUCUUACAACUUGAAAUUCUAUCCGGAGUUGCAAAGGGCUUAACACGUACUGUUGAAGGUCUCGCGGUAUUGGAAGACGACUCCGACCCUGAGGUGCAAGCUGAAUCCGAACAAGUUAAAGCUGCACGGGAAGAUUCUCGAGCAAUCAAGCUACGAGAGAACAUUUUUACAGCUGUUAGAGGGAUCGUAGAGCUGUGGUCGACAGAUGCAGCAGUUGGUCACGCCCUGAGCGAUCUCUUCAAGUCUAUAACAUCGCUGCCUUCCGAUAUCACUCUUAUCUCGCUACCUGCUGGCCCAUUACUCGAGCUUGUAUGUGUGGCUGCCCAGCGGCAAUUGACAGCGGCAUGGCUGUCACUCGCCGCCAUCCUCAUCGCCCAGCUGAAUCCACCAGUGUUUUCGUUGAACCUUAAAAGCGGGCCAACACCGGAGGCCGAGAUGACGGUGCAGAGGCUUUUGCCUGUGUUGAUGCAAUGUAGUUUGACCAUGCUGGGUGUCGGAGGUGCCAUGGAAAGUAAUCCUGAUAUAGUGCAAGAGUUCUUCUCGUGUAUGGAGAGGGUCGCACAAGAUUUCACGAACGCCUUCUACGCCCUUCCACCCGGCCUACUCGAUGCGCUAGUCCAAUGCGCCGUCAAGGCUCUAUCGUUGCAGGAGCGGUAUUCUCUUGUCUCCGCCUGCAGCUUCUUGUCGACUCUUGUCAACCGAUCGUCAUUGACGGAUGAACUGAUCGCGCAUAAAACCGUCCUCCUGACGGCACAUGGCCGUUCAAUUAUGCGUGCGGUACUAGAGGGCUUCGCAGGUGUUGCUCCCAGGAGUGUCGUGCCCAAUCUCAUCGAAAUGCUGGGAACAUUACUAAGUCGAGCGAGUGGUCCUGAUGCGGGUCCUGGAGGCGGGGCACCUCAAUGGAUGAAGGACAUCCUGAUGGCUGAUGAUUUUGUGCCUAGCAAGGCAGGGCCAGAUGUGAAAGCUAAGUUUAUCAAGGCGGUAGCAGGAUCGCGCUCGCUGAAGCGAACACGAGAAGCCGCUCAGCAGUUUACACUGGUUGCGCGAGGCCUAGAGGGAUCGAACUUCGGAUAUUCAUCAUUGACUAUGUAG